CAGAAAUAGAAGAAGAAGAAAUUGCGUCAGUUUUGGUCGAGUUGUUUUCCUGCAGACUGAAUGAAAAGAAAACAUAUUUUAAUAGACAUUUUAUUUCCUCGAUAACAAGAUCAGUCACCAUGACGACCAAGCACAGGCUGAUAACUGAUUCAUUUAAAGUGAUGAAGAAGGCGAGGAGGGGGACCAAACGAGGGAAGAGGUCUCCUCCUCCUUCUCCGCCUCCACAGGAAGCAGAAGCUGAAACUAAAUCGGUCCGAGAGGAGGAGCUGCAGCAGCUCAAACAGUUUGAUCUGGACUGGAGAUUUGGGCCGUGCACAGGUAUCAGCCGGCUGCAGAGAUGGGAGAGAGCAAAACUUCACGGAAUGAACCCACCUGAGGAGAUCAGAGAGCUGCUGCUGCAGACACAAAUCGACUCCGAGUACACCCAGAGCCUGUGGAGUGAUUAUCCUCUGUGAGAAAGUCAACCAGAGAGGGGGAAACAUGUGCAGACUUGAAGAGAAGACGAGUCCAUUUUAUCACUCAAAAUCACCAAUGUGACUGAAUGUGACUGAUUUAUUUUUUCUUAUUGUCUCUAACCCUCAAUAAUAAUAAUAAAUAAAAACUCUAAACAAGAACAGCAGAGAGAGAAAUCUCCUCCAGGAUGUAGACGGAAGAAUGUAAGGAAUCAUGGUUGUGUUUUUGAACUUUAGAUUUUUAUUGAAGUUUUUAAUAAAAAAAAAAAAAAAUGUACCAUAA